AGAAAAGUCCUAUUUGCAAUGGCUGUUGCUUGGCUUCUCAUCUUCUUCUUCGUAACAUUUGUGGACUGUGAAUGCCUCGAUGAUCAAAAACAAUUGUUACUCGAGCUGAGGAGUGAGUUAAUCUUCAAUGUUUCCGACUCCCCUGAUUUAGUGAUGUGGAAUGCGACGGAAACACAUGAUUGUUGCCAAUGGCACGGCGUGGAAUGUGAUGGCGCUGGCCGCGUUGUCACCUUGGGCCUCGCCUACAACGCCAUCUCCGGCGGAAUCGAUUCCGACGAGUAUUCAUCGCCUCACAAAUUUGCGGCGACUCUAUUUGGGUUACGCUGGUUUCAUCGGACCAAUUCCGUCCACGCUCUCCAACCUAACAAACCUAAUUGAGCUGGAGUUGACUGGUAAUUUUCUCACUGGUUCACUUCCUUCGUUUUAUAUGUGCAGCAAACUUGAAUUCAUAGGGCUUAGAGAUAAUAAUCUGAUAGGAUCUGUUGAGCACUUGCAUUUUGAAGGUCUGAUAAGCCUCUCUCUGUUAGAUUUAAGUGGAAAUUCAUUGAGCGGCAGUGUUCCUCACCAACUCUUUACCCUGCCUUCGAUUCAUGCUCUUUAUCUAUCCAAUAAUCGAUUCAAUGGAAAAAUCGAAGAGUUUACAAUUGUAAACGUCUCUAAUCUUGCUGAGUUAGAUUUGAGUGGUAAUAGGAUAGAAGGUUCUAUCCCUAAUUCCUUCUUCCAGCUUCGAAGCCUUAACUCUCUUCGCCUUUCCCACAACUUGUUCAAUGGCAGUUUUCAGCUACAAAAGAUUCAAAACCUUCGAAGGCUUACUGGCCUUGAUCUUUCUUACAACAAUUUGUCAGUUGAAACAACCAACAUGAGUUCAAUUCCCCAGUUAACAAGCCUCAGCCUCUCAUCCUGCAAUCUCCAUGGUUUUCCAAAUCUUACGAGUCAGUCGUCUUUGUAUGAUUUGGACCUCUCCAACAAUCGUAUUGGUGGGGAUAUUCCAAGUUGGAUUUGGGAACUUGGGAUUGGAAUGUUGAACCUUUCUCUGAAUCUUCUCACAGAUCUGCAAAAGCCUUAUCGUAUUCCUUCCUUUCGACUCCUAGACUUGCAUUCUAACCAGCUGUAUGAGUUGCCCUUGCUCCCAGUUUCUUUCAAUUCCCUUUUGCUAGGAAACAAUAGCCUAACAGGAGUAAUACCAGCCUCCAUCUGCAAUGCAUCCGACAUUACAGUUCUCGACUUGUCUUCCAAUAACUUAAGUGGUACCAUACCUCCUUGCCUACUCAAAAAGAAUGUUGUGAGUGAAGUGCUCGAUCUUAGGGGAAACAACAUUGAUGGUGUUAUCCCGGAUCAGUUUUCUAGUGAGUGUCAGCUGAAAACCUUUGAUGUUAGUCACAACAAGUUAGGGGGGAAGAUUCCAAAAUCUCUGGCAAAUUGUAAAGAACUAGUGGUCAUGGAUGUUGGAAACAACAACCUUGAUGAUGGUUUCCCUUGCACGCUGCCGUUGAGCUUGCAAGUCCUCGUGCUGCGCUCCAACAGAUUCCAUGGAGACUUGAGAUGCCAUCAGAGUUGGCCAAAUCUUCAAAUUUUGGAUAUAUCUUCGAAUAAUUUCAGUGGCACUCUGGAUCCACUGAACUUCACAAGUUGGAGAGGGAUGAUGAUGCUAGAACGUGUGAGGGCCGGCCGCCAGUCCUUUUUAGAAAGUGUAUACUCGUACUACCGGAAUGAGCUGACAUUAACAAUCAAAGGGUUAGAGGUGAAGCUUGUGAAGAUUUGGCCUGACUUUACAUCCAUUGACUUGUCUUGCAAUCACUUUGAAGGAGAAAUACCAGAUGCUAUUGGUAACCUUAACUCACUCUAUCUUCUCAACUUAUCUCACAAUGCUCUAACUGGUGCUAUCCCAAGAUCAUUGGGUGGCUUGACGGGCCUCGGAUCACUCGACCUCUCUGCAAACCAGCUCAGGGGGAGAAUACCAGAGGAGCUCGCGAAGCUCACAUUCCUUUCAGUCUUGAAUGUGUCUCACAAUGAUAUCACAGGAAUGAUCCCAACUGGCACUCAGUUCCAAACGUUUUCGGCAGAUUCGUUUGAAGGGAACAACGGGUUAUGUGGCUUCCCACUCAACAGAAGUUGCAGCAACACUAGUCAUGGAAGUGGUUCAACACCAUCAAAAUCAAAGCAUGAGGAGAUAGAGUGGGAAUAUGUGUUUGUUGCUCUUGGUUAUGUUGUGGGAUUAGGAAGCAUUGUUUGGACAUUUUUAUGCUGCAGAAGGUUAAGAGAAAGAUACUUUGAGAAAAUAGAAGAGGUUGUUGAUGAGAUAUUGGAUCGGAAAGCCAGGAGAAGAAGAGUAGAGAGGAGGAAUGAGGUUAGGAGACGUCAUCAGCGAGUGUGAAGUUUCCUUUUAGCAAUGUGUGUUUCUCUCUAAUUCUCUAUUGUAUAUUUGUGUAACAUUUUCGGUUUAUAAAUUGAUAAAUGUAAUGCAAUGUAGGGUUGUGUAUGGAUGAAUUUGCAAGUUCUUAUAAAGUUUGAUGUUAUAUGAAA